AGAAAUUACCUUAGCGCACUUUUCAUAUCAAAGCAACUCAUCAAGAAAAAUUUGAGUGUUAACUUGUGAGCAUUUCAUGAAAAUGGCCUACUCUAAGGGUUUUCUCCUUCUCGGGCUUCUUUCUUUUGUUAUCUUGAUUUUCUCGUCUAUGGUCUCAGCUCGCCAACUUACCGAAUCUGCCUCUACUACAGAAACGACUCAAUUCGCAAAAGAGCCAAAGGUGUUAGAUGGACACGGAGGCUAUGGCUAUGGACAUGGUGGCUACGGACAUGGUGUUCACUACGGGCACUACCCACCAAAAGAAGUGAUGGCUGUAAAGGAUGAAGUAGAGCCAGAGGUUUAUGGCCAUGAUGGUGGUUAUGGCCAAGGUGGAUAUGAUCAUGGAGAAUACGGUCAAGGUGGAUACGGUGGUUCAAGCGGUGGGUAUGGUGGAUCUGGUGGUGAAUAUGGACAUGGUGGGUAUGGCGGUUCUACGGGUGAAUAUGGUCAUGGUGGGUAUGGCGGUUCUACGGGUGACUAUGGUCAUGGUGGAUAUGGCGGUUCUACGGGUGAAUAUGGUCAUGGUGGAUAUGGUGGUUCUAAUGGUGGAUAUGGUCAAGGUGGGUAUGGUGGUUCCAGCGGUGAAUACAGAGACAGUGGAUAUGGUCAAGGUGGGUAUGAUGGUUCUACGGGUGGAUACGGAGACGGCAGAUACGGUGGUCACUACACACCAAAAGAAAUAAUCAACAAAUAAAAUAGAGAUGAAGCUAUCUAGUUUGCGUUCUUUCAAAAAAGACCUGUCUAGUUUGCGUUAUAAACUUGUAAUUGACAUGCAUGCAUACAUAAAAUGCAAUUAAGGUUCUUUAGAUUUAUGUAACGUUAAUAAGCAUGUCGUUUAUAUAUAUGCACCCUCCUUUGUUAAGUACUAUAAAGUCUAAAAAUUCCUCAAUA